AUGCCGAAUCCGCAGAAAUCGAAUCUGGCUGUCGAAUCUGGCUGCCCUGAGACAACCCCGACAACUAACCCUGAUGAUCCACCUAAACCGUGCGACUACUUUGACAUGAUUGGAGGAACAGGUACUGGUGGAUUGAUAGCAGUUAUGUUGCGUCGUUUAGAGAUGACUAUUGACGACUGCAUUGAGGCUUAUGUUCGUCUCGCUGAUCGGAUUUUUAAGAAGCCUGGACAACGACUAGCCAACUGGAACGGUCCGGUUAAAAGCAUAUUUAACACUAAAGCAUUGGAACAAGAAUUCAAAGCAAUUGUUCGCAAACAGACAGACACAGAGAACACUCUCUUUGAAAAUGAGGAGAAUGAAUCAUGCAAAGUUUUUGUAUGUGCAACACGAAUCGAAAAUGCAAGACCUAUGCAAUUUAAAAGCUAUCCAUCUCGGACGUCCUCUGAUCUUUUACACUCUGCUCGAAUCUGGGAGGUCGCUCGAGCUACUUCUGCUACCCCCUUAUUCUUUGAUCCGAUCAAGAUCGGCCGUUUCGGUGAGGGGUUUACUGGUGGAAGGCCAGAUAUAGACAACCCAAUACAAACAGUCUGGAAUGAGGCCCAACACGUCUUUUUACGCGAAGAAAUGAUGCUGAAAGGUAAUCUUAAGUGUCUGGUCUCAAUUGGCACAGGCGAACCAUCACUUGAGGCUUUUGGUGGCAACCUACGAGCAGUAGGGCUCAGUAUAGGAAGAAUGGCAAUAUAUUCGCGAAUUGUAGCACACUCAUUCCAAAGCGCGCAUGGAGAGCUUGUACGCAACCAUCAGUACUUUCGUUUCAACAUAGACCAGGGGUUGGAGGACAUAGGACUGGAGCAUUCCACACGAGCCGGCGACAUCAUGAAAGCGACCAGAAAUUACCUGCAGUCUGCGGAGUUGAGUUCACAGAUACAGGCGUGUGCAGGGAGACUAAAAGCUGGAAGGAGAGGACGUCGGCCUCGAAGCCUCUCCUCUCCCUGUGCCGUUUCAAUUCUCGGUCAGAGCUCUCUAUCAGCCCCUCCACGUAAAGAAGGUCAGACGUUGCAGCCUCCCCCAACUGGUUCAUCUAGGCAGCCGACUGUGCGUCUGGAGGACUCAAGACAUAAUGAUGUUCAAGAGGACAUCAGGAGUGGGAUUAAGGCAGCUUUUAACGGCAGUCCACAUGGACCUUUCGAUCCAGGCCGAUUUUGCACUGCAUCUUUUCAUGUUUCGUUGAGACUGGAGGCUUUUCUCGACUGGUAUUGCGAAGCUGAUCCCUGUCGGGAUCUCGAGGCUGUUCUUACCCUUACUGGUUCUGCAAUCGACGCACAGGCAGUUACGUGUAAGCAGUACAUGAAACAGACAUGGCCUUCCAGUGGAAUCGAUACACUCCGAGCUGUGAAAAAGGCUCUAGCUCAAGCUAAAGCCAAUAGCUCACCUAGCCCUUAUGAAUGCACACUGUCUGAUGGUAGUGGCUUCGAAUGCUCUGUUAGCGAUUCCCAUCUCCAGGUUUUUGCAAGUGGUAUGCAAGCCUCUCUGGUCGAGAUUGGGGAGCAGCUCGCAUGGCUUGGUGCUGCUCUACAAAGGUCUCCAAAUACUACAAAGAUGGCCUACACGACUGCACGAGUCGUAGAUCUAAGAUCCACAUCAUCUCAAGAGACUACGUCCGCCCAAGCCCUGGCCAUAAGUAUGAAGAUUCACUUUUUGACUGAUGUCCUUGAUGAGGCUACUCUUGGACUGGCCCACAGAGGAUGCUGCUGGCAUUUAUUAUUUCAUAAACCUGUCAUUGUUCAGGGUUAUCCAAUAUCGCCUCGUACGCAUAAUGAAAAAGGACUGGAGAUUUCCUUGGAUCUAAUGGCCGGGUUGGGUAACGCAAAUUAUCUGACUGAAUUUCAUGGUAUUCCUGUCUUGAAAGGCUUCUUUACAAUGUUUGUCGCUACAGUAUGUUCUGACGAUUCACUGGUCUGGCACUUCCUGUGCAGCAAGAAUGAAAAGCGAAUAUCUUAUUCGGAGGCGGUGAAAUACCACCCAGAUGGAAUUACUGGCCCUAAGCCUGAAAAUCCGAAUGGGGAAGCCAUCAGACAUUUCGUCGGUUGGGCUCCAUCAGUGAGAAGACUCGCUGGUACUUUCGACGCCGAUUACGACCAUAUAGAACGGAGUAGAUCGGGAUAUUGCUCCGCAGGAUGUGUAUUGCAGAACCUGUCAUUCACUGCAGGAAGGUAUAUCACAUUCAGCGGCACGAUCGGACCAGGAAUCAGGAAUCGACGGCUUAUUACUUUAGGAGAUCGCGGGUACGUCGAAGCCGUGAAUUAUGCCCGUCAGAACAUUUAUAUCAAUCUAUAUGAUGUCGAAGAGCGCCGUGGCUGGCUAUUUGAUGGGGCAAGCGUGGUGCUUCAUCUUUCACGCACUCAGCUCUCACAUAACGCAAGUCCUCUCAGUAGAGGUCUAGUGUUAGAAUUGCAAGCUCUUCACCUGGCUACCGGCGAUGGUGGAGCGGAGGCUGCGAUUGCCGCAUUAACAGAUGCACGCAAUAUGCACCUUGAAAUAGCUGAUGACCUUCUCGAAAGCAGGAUCGAAGAAACGAUAACAGAGGGUGGGGCAGCAAGCAGAGACACCAAAAAAACGGGCAAAAGGAUGCUUUUUCAUGAGCUAGUGAAGCGUAAUUUGUGCCUUUCCGAGAAAAUGAGUGAGCACCAGAAAGAUCUAACGGAAUCGAAUGGUAUAAUAAACCUCCAAGGCAUCAGCUCUCACAAACUCGAAGGCUGGGAUUUCCUCGAUCUCGUCAGCCGUACAACGUCAUUGCAACCCCGUUUUCAUUGUUUGAUGCCGUCCGGCAGAAGUUGGGUAAACUUCACUAGAUGCGUUAAUACGAUUAACCUUCUUGGCCGGAAGUUUGGACCCCUGAUUCAGCCUUCGCGCGAUGCCAUCCCACUUUGCGAUAAAUGGAAGCAAGUUCCUCUAGGUCAAGACUUCCUCGCAACAUGCGUAUCAACAGUGGAUGAGAUCUGCCAAAAAUGGGGAGACAAAGAAGCCAACCCUUUCCAGCUUGUACAAGGAAUCUACUGGCACAAGACACACCUUCUUUUUGAGAGAUGUUAA